AAAAUCUUACAGUCAGCACCUGUCGCGGACACCGUGUGUUAGUGACAGUCCGGUGGAUAGAUAGUGAUAGUAUCAUCAUGUCAUCAGCUGAUUGGGAAGAGGUGAAGCGUCUGGCCGCUGAUCUUCAGCGAGCCCAGUUUGCUUCAACACUCCAAAAGUUGUCAGAACGCAACUUUGUUGAAAUAAUCAACAAAUUAGGGGAAUUAGGAUUGUUAGAUGUUUACCAUACAAAUGAUGGUAAAGAGUACAUCACCCCUGCACAACUCUCAAGAGAGAUUCAGGAUGAAGUUUUUCUGCAUGGAGGAAGGGUGAAUUUGGUUGAUUUGGUGGAUACACUGUGUGUUGAUCACAGUGUGAUAGAGAAGCGUGCCUCUGUGCUUGCCCACUCAGACUCCAGCCUUUGUUUUGUGUUGGGUCAGUUAAUCAGCAAAGACUAUCUGGAUUCUAUUGCUGAGGAGAUCAAUGAAAAGCUCCAGCAAGAAGGCUCAACCACUAUUGCAGAACUUGUUAAGCAUUAUGAAUUGCCUGGGGAUUUUAUGUUGGAAGUCAUUGUGGAAAGACUUGGAACUAUUAUACAAGGACAACAAGAUACCAAUGACCCAACAGUCAUAUUUACUGAUGCUUUUGUAGCCAGACACAGGGCUCACAUUAGAGGCGUCUUGAGUGCCAUCACCAGGCCUACACAGGUGUCAGCUAUUCUUGCUCAACAUGGAUUCCAACAAAGAUUAUUCUUUAGUAUGGCAGAAAAGCUAAUCCUCAGUGGCAGAGUGCCUGGAAUUCUCAGCGGAGGCCGUCAGGUACACAGGGCCAUGUAUAUACCCAGCAUUUACUCCCGCACACAAAAUGAGUGGGUAGAUAACUUCUUGAAACAAAAUGGAUAUCUUGACUUUGAAGCUCUCCGGCGCCUUGAUAUCAGUGAUCCUGAGAGCCACAUUCGCCGUCGCUUUAAAGAUGAGGAUCUGACCUUUGUAGGAAAUGUGUGUGUGGGGCCGAGUCUUAUUGAUCAGAUAGAUGCUGCCAUAGAUGAUGCUCUGGUGUCUAGUAGCUGGGUGGAUAUUUAUCCACUGUUACCUACGGUGUUUAGUCCAGAUGUAGGUCACCAGCUUGUGGACAUUGCCUUGAAACGGAGACAAGACAAAAAAUCUACAGCCUACGCAAAGGUCUUUGCUGAUACUAUUGUUGUCAGUGACCAGCUACUGACCAAACUCUCCAAUCAUUUACAACAGAUGAUGCCCAAAAAAGCCAAGGAAGUGGUUGAAAAAGGAGCAUUCAAAAAACAAGUGGUGUCUGGGCUUGUGUCGGAGUAUUACUGUAAAAACAAGAAAGAAGAUCGUCGCAAAAAAGCAGCAUCUGGCAAGUCUGGUGGAGGCACACAGGGACGAGAGACUAAAACUAAAGCCACAAAAAAUAAAGGUAGAGGAAAGAAAGGAGGUGGAGGUGCUCAUGAAUCUGAUUCUGAUGAUGACCGUCAGAAAAGCACUGGUGGUGGAGAAUCUCCAGCUGUGGAGUUCCUUUCUGUUGAUGACAUGCAAACAGAAAUUACAAAUUUCUCAGAAUUAGUUGAUUGUCCUGAGGAACUAGUGGAGGAGCUGACCAACCAUCUUCAUAACCCCCUAACAAGGCAAUUCCAGGAGAUUGCCAAAUCUGUGUUUAUGGCAACUGUUGCUGUAGGAGGUGAUGCAAGAAGAAAAACUCAUCAGCAGUUGCAAGACAAAGUAUCAGCUCUGCUUACCACUAUCAAGUUGUCAGAGAAAAGCAUUAAGGUUUUUGAUGAUGAGAAACAGAUGCAGCUGAAGAAACAUCUACUGAAGACACAGUGCACAGAACUAGUGAAUGAACUGGUUUUGUAUCUUGCUGAUGACAGCCUCAUAGACAUUGCAGAAAAUAAGGACAUUACACCUGAGACUUUCUUCAUGUUAAGACAGGUUUUAGUGAGUCACCGGGCUGCUUUGCUGGAACAGCUAGAAGGUUCUCUUGAUCCACCCCUCACCCUGCACCUGGCAUGCUUGGUCCUCUUCCAGACAGUCACUGGCAAUAUGCUUCAUGCCUCAGGAAAGUUUGUGCCUCACAUCUUGGCAUACUUGAAAACACAAAUAUCUGCAGACAAAUUUUCUAUACUGCAUGAUUACCAAGAUCUGGUAAUUAAGUCACUGAUGAAUAAGAAUGAAGAGGAUGACGGUGGUGUCAAACUCCAGCUUGAAGCCCUCAGUCCUUCUGUCAAGGAGGUGGCAGUCACCUUCAAGAAAGCAGCUGCCAGUGAUAAUACAGAAGAAUAAUAUGCUUAACUUACAAAUACUGUGUAGUGUAUGUUAGGGUUUUGUUAUUUUGGAUUUUAUUUCUUCAUAUUCUUUAAGUUGGCAUAAUCUAAUAGGGUGGUAUUAACAAAGAUUCUGUAUGGAAAUUUUGGCUUAAUAUUUUUAUCUUAACCUCCCAAAUCGGUCUUACAAUUGGUCGUAUAUUUGAUACACAUCCAGAAAUUAAUUAUCUUUUAAGAUACUUAUGCUGAAACUAGUUUAAUAAAGAUGGCUGAUUGCCAAGGGGCCAGAGUCUGCCCAAUAAAGAUUUAUCAUUCCUGUAAGGUUGUUCUAGAUGACCUGACUUUAAACUUUUUGAUAUAAUAGACUACACCUGCAGAAGUAUCAUUUGUGACAGACUUGGCAGGAGAGCUGGGGAGCUUGGAGUGCCGCACGGGAAGAAGAGUUAUUUAGCCAAUAAGGCAUGCAGCUCUCCAGCAAUUAUUACUUUGGGUCAUCCUGUGUCCUAUUUUUGGUAUGUCUCAUUUGCCUUCUUUUGUAAUAGAUCCCCGUGGAGCUUUUUUCGUGCUGAAUAUUCAGGUGAAGCCAAUCAAGCAACAUGUUUCUCAUAAUAGUGAUUGUAUGAGGAAGGAAAGUCUUGCCAUGGGUCCAGCUGGGUUUCCUGUAUUGGCUCUUUCACCCUUAGAAAUCAUCUCUUUUAUACCAGUGAAAAAAAGGGUAGGAAAUGAGAUGCUGCUUAGUAGGGGGAGGAGGCAAGUUGAGCUCAAGGCCAUAAACAGCAAGACAAAAUGCACACGCCUUUUGCUUGUUGGAAUUUGCUUAUACAGAUACAUAAAUUUAUGCACUCAUAAUCUUACAAAAUGUAUGAUAAAUGAUAACUUUCGUUACUUCAUUAAAAAAUGUAAAAAGAUUGCACUAUUAACUCAAGAUGGAGAAAUACACAAUUUUACUGUUUGCUCUUAAACCAUUUCAUACUGUAACUUAAUAUUUUGUCUCAGCAUAUCUAGACCAAGAAAGAGACAUGCAUAAGACUUAAAAGAUAAGACCAAUUUUAAGACAAAAUCUAAGAAUCUUUCUUAAUACAGCAUUAGGUUAUCUUUAUGAUUUACUUUUUUCCUAUUACGAUUAGAAUAUGGUGGGUUUUUUAGAUUUAGUAUUGUUCAAUACCUCAAAAACUUGAUUCCUUCACCUUUUAAUUUGACAACUAUACCCACUUCUUCAAUGACACUCAACUUCUACACUUCAACAUUUACACCGUCAGUCUGUUCUAAUCUAAAUUGCAAACUUCAUAUCAUCUCUAGCUAAUCAGCUUUUAUGAAAUUAGGCAUUCUGAAUCUUCAAUGCCAGUUUUUCUCAACACCCUUCCCUCCCAUACCAAUGAGCUACUAAUUUUGUAAAGGGACCUUGCUUGUGGAAUAUACAAUCAUACAGCUCUUAUAGACACAGUGGAAUCAAAAGCUUUUCAUUUUAUCAACUUCUCCCUUCUGACUGACUGUCUUCAGUCUCUUUCUUAUCACCACAAUGUUUCAUCCUUUGUUGUCUUCUACUGAUAUUUUCAUGUCAAUUGGUCCUCUGAUCUUACUAAGUGCAUGCCUCCCCUCCUCUUGCAGCUGAACUGCACAAGACUUUUUUCUUUUUCUCACCUCUUUCUGUCUUUCCCCAAACCAAGAGUUAACCAAUAUUUUUAAUCAUUUAUCCCUUUCUCUGGUAAAUUCUAGAAUUCCCCACUUGGUUCAGUAUUUCCACUACCUGACUAAAAUUCAAGAGGGAGGUUUCAAGCCACUUAUCUUGUUCUGCAUUAGUCCUUCAAACUAUAUGGGGACCAGCAUUUCACUGGGUUUUUUUAUACAUCUAUUUUUGUUGUCUUUGGCUGGUGAAUAACUAGAAUUUGAGAAACACUGUAUUACUUAUUUUAGCUUAUGUGGAGGGCUGGCUUUCUUAAAUCAACAAAAAGAGGUGGUUUGAUUCCCAUAACAGCUUUUGCUUCAGAAAAUUAUAAAUUAGAUAAAAAAUAAAGUAAACUUCUAAAUGACUAAA